AUGGAGGAGCUGAUGCCAGAAGCUGAAAAAGUCAGCAUGGAGAACUUUGCGUUGCUACGGGUGCUUGGCAAAGGAGCGUAUGGCAAGGUGUACCUGGUGCGCAAAAUUGGUGGCAAAGACCACAAUUCGGUGUAUGCGAUGAAAGUUUUGCGAAAGACGCGCGUUCUCACGAAACAGAAGACGUUGGAGCACACGAUGGCUGAACGACAGGUUCUGGAGCGAUUGCGCGGCACACCGUUCCUCGUGAAUUUGAUCUACGCGUUCCAAACCGACACCAAACUACACAUUGUGAUGGAAUAUGUCCGCGGUGGCGAAUUGUUCACCCAUUUGUGCUCAAAAGGCAGCUUCGACGUGCCCGCUGCCAAAUUUAUAAUCGUUGAACUAGUUGUAGCUAUCGAUAAUUUACACAAGAGAAAAGUGAUCUAUCGCGAUUUGAAACUUGAAAAUAUUUUGCUUGAUGAGGAAGGCCAUGUGAAGUUGACCGAUUUCGGGCUAAGCAAAUUGUUCUUGGAAGGCGAACUUGAUCGAGCGAAUUCGUAUUGCGGAACAAUUGAAUAUAUGUCACCCGAAGUCAUAAAUCGGCCUGAAGGCGGCUACACAGAUGUUGUUGACUGGUGGUCGCUGGGUGUAAUUUCGUUCGAAUUAUUGACCGGAUGCUCGCCGUUCACCGUUGACGGCGCCGCCAACUCGAGCAAAGACAUUGCAAAGCGAAUAUUGACAAAAAAAGUGCCUUUUCCGAAAAAUAUGGAUCCAGAUGCCAGAGAUUUUAUUUCUCAACUAUUGGAAAAGAAGCUCGAAAAGCGUCUAGGAUUCAACGGAGUUCAUGAGAUUAAAAACCAUCGAUUCUUCCAUGACAUCGAUUGGGAUGCUGCGGAGAAGCGUCAGCUAAAGCCAGUCAUCGUGCCAAGAAUCAGUCACGACUUGGACACGCAGUUCUUCUCCGCUGAAUUCACUUCUCAACCGCCAUUGUACUCACCGGCGGAUUCUCCGCUCAACGCCAACACCCUUUUUAGAGGCUACUCAUAUGUCUCGCCUUCUGUAAUUUUCGCCAAUGACAACGUGAUCGGCGAGGAGCUUCUUGCCGAAGACGUGCAAAAAAUGCUUGCCAGCUCAACGUUUUUCAAUAAAUAUUUGCUCGAUAAAACCGAUAAAGGCUUACUUGGUCGUGGAUCGUUCUCGGUUGUCAGACGAUGCGAGCGAAUUGAAGACCAAAUGCCGUUCGCCGUGAAAAUCGUCUCGCAAAAAUUCGCGACACAAGCUCAACGAGAAGCAAGAAUCCUGGAAAUGGUCCAAGGCCAUCGCAACAUCGUCAAACUCAUCGACGUUCAUUCGGAUGCUCUCCACUAUUAUUUAGUCAUGGAAUUGCUCACCGGCGACGAGCUUUUGGGUCGAAUUCGCAAAUUGGAGAGAUUCACCGAGAUGGAAGCCUCCGACAUCAUGAUGCAAUUGGUGUCGGCUGUCAAAUAUUUGCACGACAAGAAAAUUGUGCACCGUGAUUUGAAGCCCGAGAAUAUUUUAUUCGAGAAUUCGGAGCCGUCAGCGCGCCUCCGCCUCGUCGACUUUGGCUUCGCUCGCCUUCUUCCCAACUCGAUGGAGCAACAAUUGAAGUCUGUGCAAGUGUACCGAAAGAUGACUCCAUGCUUUACCCUUCAAUAUGCGGCUCCUGAGGUUCUUGACGUCGGCGACACGCAGCCUGAAUACAACGAGCAGUGCGAUUUGUGGUCGCUUGGCGUUGUGAUGUAUACCAUGCUUUGCGGGCAGGUGCCGUUCCAUGCGAGAUCGCGUCAAGAAUCGGCGACCGACAUCAUGCAGCGAAUUUGUCGCGCCGAAUUUUCGUUUGAAGGCGACGCCUGGAAAAGUGUCUCGCAAGACGCGAAGGAUCUAAUCACUGGCUUGUUAACAGUCGAUCCGAAUAAGAGACUAUCCAUGCAUGAGCUGAACAACCAUAAAUGGUUGGUGUCGUCGCAAUCAUUUGACACACCGCUUCAGACGCCGAGCAUUCUUCCGAGCUCUGCCGAUGAGAACUUUAACGAAACUCUUCGCGCAUUCCUACACGCGAAUCGCGACGGCUUCCAUCUACUUGACGUCGCCGCAGCUCCGCUAAUGAAGCGUAGAGGCAUCAAACGACAAAGUGGCGAUAAAGAUACAACGGGAAGCUCGAAAAAGAUUGCGCAAUUCGAAGCGCUUCCCGAAGAGCCAGUCGACAUGCCGACGUCGACAUCAAGACCGACAAAUUUGGGCAUGAUGAACUAUCGUGAGCCGAAUUCGGGAACAAUUCGCGAAACGCGCGGCUCGGAUUCGUCGUAA